GAGAGAGAGGUGAGGUAACACAAAGGAGUGAUUGAGCAGAGUGUGAGGGAGAGAGUGAGCAGAGGAGGGAGUGUGAGAGUCACUGGUGCUGACCUCAGAGACACAGCUGCAGAGUUUAAAGACUUUAGAGGAGAGGAGGACUAAAAGAAGAAGGUGUGUGAGAACAAACGGAGGUAACGGAGAUCUUCAGGAGGAGGAGAGGACGUAGCAGCUCUGAGAUGGAGGUCUACACAGUGACAGUAGCGACGGGGACUUCCGAUUAUUCAGGCACCAACAACUACAUCUAUGUGACCCUGGUGGGAGAGAAAGGGGAGAGUGAGCGCACCCUGCUGGACAACCCUGGACUGGACUUCUGCAAAGGAGCAGUGGAUCAGUACAAGGUGAGCAGCAGUGCACCUUUGGGCGCCCUGUUACUGGUCAGAUUGGAGAAACAGAGGUACUGGGUGGAAGAUAACUGGUUCUGUCGCUACGUCACAGUGGAGCCUCCAGGGGGAGACAAACCGAUGACCUUCCCGUGUUACCGCUGGUUAAUAGGGGACAUAAAGCUGGAGAUCAGAGAGGGAACAGCAAAGACCCUGAAAGACGACUCGUCCCCUCAGCUGCUCACUCACAGGAAGGCCGAGCUACAGGAGAGAAAGUCUGCCUACAGAUGGGUGACUUGGGCUCCAGGGAUUCCCAGAUGUAUCGACGCAAAAACAGAAGCAGAUUUACCCCAAGAUGUCCGCUUUGACAACGAGAAGAGGAGCGACUUUGAACACUCCUUACACUACGCCCUGCUGGAGCUGUCUCUCAAGAAACUGGCCAUCAAGUUUGGAAAGUCCUGGAACGACCUGGAAGACUUCAAACGGAUCUUCUGGAAGCUUCGGAGUCCCGUAGCUGAGUACUGUAUGGAGCACUGGAGGGACGACUGGUUCUUUGGGUAUCAGUGUAUGAACGGUUCCAACCCGAGGAUGAUCCAGAGGUGUAAGAAGCUUCCGGAGAAUUUCCCCAUCACAGCGAACAUGGUGCAGAGCUCCAUGAGUCCCCGGACUCACCUGGACAGAGAACUGAAGGCAGGUAAUAUCUACCUGUUGGACUACGCCAUCACAGACGGGAUUCCCACCAACACGAUCCGAGGUACACGUCAGCAUAUCGCUGCUCCGCUUUGCCUCCUGUACCAACACCCGGACCAGGGACUCAUACCUGUUGCUAUACAGCUGGAGCAGACUCCCGGUUUGGACACACCCAUUUUCCUGCCCACAGACCCGCCCCUCACUUGGCUGCUGGCCAAGAUGUGGGUGCGUCACUCUGAGUUCCAGGUGUUCCAGCUGCUGUCUCACCUGCUCAGGACUCACCUGGUCAUAGAGGUGUUCUGUGUGGCAACUCUACGACAGCUGCCUGCUGUGCACCCUGUUUACAAGCUGCUGGCUCCUCACCUGCGAUACACUCUGGAGAUAAACUGUAGGGGGCGCACUCAGCUCAUCUCUGAUAACGGCAUCUUCAAACGGGUGGUGUCCACAGGUGGGGAAGGUCUGUUGGUUCUGUCACAGAGGGAGUAUCAGGUGCUGACGUAUCGCUCACUGCAGCCUCGAUACGACUUCACAGACAGAGGAGUGACCCGAUUGGACAAAUACCACUACAGAGAGCACAGCCUGCUGCUGUGGGACGCCAUACACAGGUUUGUCUCAGGUGUGGUGGACCUGUAUUACCUGUCAGAUCAGGAUGUUGAGGAAGAUCUUGAACUGCAGGCAUGGAUCAGAGACAUCACUCAGGAAGGAUUCACAGAGCUCCCAAACUUUGGUCUGAGCAGUAAACUGAGCAGCAGAGAAGAGGUCUACACGUUGCUUUCAGUCGUAAUCUUUAUCAGCACGGCUCAACACGCCGCGACAAACAACGGACAGUUCGACUGGUGCGCCUGGGUCCCAAACACCCCCUGCACCAUGAGACACCCCCCACCCACGGACAAGGAUGCUGUUACCAUGGAGAUGAUCAUGGACACCCUCCCUGAUGUGAGCCAAUCGUGUGUUCAGAUGGCGAUCACCUGGCACCUGGGACGAGCUCAGCCGGACGCUAUCCCUCUGGGUCAGUACACCGAGGAGCACUUCACUGAGGGGCGGGCUCAGCAGGUGAUUGACAGAUUCAGGAUGGAGCUGAAGGAGAUUGAGGAGCACAUUCGGAGUGAGAACGAAGGGGCGGAGCUUCAGUACCUAUACCUGCUGCCGAGCCGCAUCGAGAACAGCAUCACUAUAUAAACACACACAUGCAGACAGCCUGUCAUCACUCCUCUCCAGCUCCUCCCCCUUUUCCAAAUAUGGUCACGUAUCUGUAGUAUUUAAGCAACGCACGCUCUCUAUUGGUUAAAAGAUGAUCAGUGAAGUAUUAAUAAAGUUUAUAAAUGUUAAA